AUUCAAUUAUCGAUCAAAAUUUUUGUAAUGUUAGGUAUUGACCUAAGUCAGAGAAACCCGUCACGCAAACGACCUCUUUUUGCUUUUCACACACGAAAGAACCAUGUCUCAGAAGACUCCGGUUGAGUCGGUUCAAGUUUUCGGGCGCAAGAAAACUGCCACGGCAGUUGCCCACUGCAAGCGUGGUAAGGGAGUCCUGCGAGUGAAUGGCAGACCACUGGAGAUGAUUGAGCCUCAAGUCCUCAAGUACAAGUUGAUGGAGCCCCUCCUUCUGCUUGGCAAGGAGCGCUUUGGAGGCGUUGACAUCCGAGUCCGGGUCAAGGGAGGUGGACGCAUCGCUCAGAUCUAUGCCAUCAGACAGGCUAUCUCCAAGUCUCUGGUCUCCUACUACCAGAAGUAUGUUGACGAAGCCUCCAAAAAGGAGAUCAAGGACAUCUUGAUCCAAUACGACAGAUCGCUGCUGGUGGCCGAUCCUAGACGAUGCGAGCCCAAGAAGUUUGGUGGACCAGGACCCCGCGCUCGCUACCAGAAAUCUUACCGUUAACAUGUUUGUCUCGUGUGCGGCUUCUCACAUGGAAUUUCCAAUCAUUUCUCUUUGGUUAUCAUGCUGGGAGUUCUAUCAUUGAACAACGUUUAAUAUUCCAAAACUAUUCGCUGUUUUGGAAUCUGAUGUCACAAAACUCAAAAAGUUGACUUUCAAGUGUUGUCAUCCGGUCAAAAGUGUGUAAGCAAACAAUAAUGUUGUAAUAAACAGUGGGGGAAAAAAAGUAUAAA